UUGCUACUGGAGCGCUUCACUGCGUGGGAUUAUGUCGCAUGCGGUGUUAUGCUCCUGUGCUCUGGUGUUCUCGGGAUCUACUGUGCUUUCAGCGGUGGCCCUCAGAAUACCAUUCGUCAGCUUUUGAUUGGCUCAGGGAGUCUCCCGGUGGUUCCGGUGUCGACGUCGCUGAUGGCCUCUUUCAUUUCGGCUGCGUACAUUCUGGGGAACUCCGCCGAAGUUUAUCAGUUCGGGACAAUGUGCUUCAUGACAUUCCUCAGUUACUGUGCGAUGAUAGCUGUUUCGAUAGUUUUCUACUUGCCAGUCUUCUACAAAGUCGGCGUGACAACCUCUUUCGAAUACCUCGAACUCCGCUUCGGUCGGACCACGCGGGUGUGCGCGGUGAUUCUGUACGUGAUCCAGAUGCUCAUCUACGUGUCGAUAUCGCUCUACGCGCCCGCGCUCGCCAUGUCUCAACUUACCGGUAUAAAUCUAUGGAUCGCAGUCAGCGCGAUGGGCAUCGUCUGUACCGUCUACACGAGUGUCGGAGGAAUCAAAGCCGUCGUCUAUACGGAUACGUUCCAAACAUGGUUCAUGCUAGGAGCUCUUGUUGUGGUCAUUGUCGCCGCCUCCGUGCGUUUCGAAGGAAUAGCAAGCGUCUGGGAAACUGCCCAGCAGGGCGGACGUAUCCAAUUCGGAGAGGCGUCUCUGACUUUGACGAGUAGUCAGAAUUUAUGGGCGCUGUUCAUAGGCAGCUUCUUCACAAAUCUUGCCUCUUACGCCACAAACCAGAUGAUGAUUGUCCGCUACAUGACCGUGGACACGCUUAGCAAAGCCAGAUGGGUGAUAUUCCUCAAUCUGCCGUAUCUCGUGCUAACUCUGCUGUUGUCGUGUCUGUGCGGUCUGUUCGUGUAUGCCCGCUAUGCCAGCUGCGAUCCGGUUACAGCGAAUUUGAUCUCUACCACUGAUCAACUGCUUCCGUUUUUCGUUAUGGACUUUCUCGGAGAUCUGACGCCCAUUCCUGGAGUGUUCGUCGCUGGGGUGUUCGCCGCUUCUUUAAGCUCUGUCAGUUCCGGGGUCAAUGCUCUGUCGACUGUCUUCUACGUGGACUGCAUUGCGCUCGCCAAGGAUGGGAUUCCCGAUAGGACUGGUGCCAAAAUCAUAAACCUACUCGGUGUCGUUUUUGGAUUAUCAUCGAUCGCGCUGGUGGCCCUGACCAAACAAUUGGGGAACGUCCUGGCCGCGUCCCUAUCAAUUAACAGCGCGAUUGGGGGCCCGCUCCUCGCCCUAUUCACCGCCGGGAUGCUCUUCCCCCAGAUAAACACGACCGGAGCUCUUGCCGGUUUCCUCGUCUCCUUAUGCAUCGCACUCUGGAUUAAUGUAGGAGCUAUUCUCUACGGCCCGACACCUCUGGGACUGUCCAUCAGCGUAGACGCUUGUUCCUUUGACAACGUCGCAUUCGAUGCACCGUGAGUUACAUACAUUUCCCGGCAUUCCAGGACGGACGACAGCUCAGUCUUGUGGAUUUAUCGAAUGUCCCCAUUGUGGUACACCAUGGUCUCGGUCAUCGUGUUCUUCUUGGUUUCGAUGCCUGUUUCGCUGGUGACGGGCAGCCUCGAUUAUUCGCAGCUCGAUCCGAAACUCAUUCGGCAUCCUGCCGACAUCAUCCUCUGGUGGAUGCCGGAGGAUAAGCGUGGCAGGUGGAGAUUCGAUGUGGGCGAAAAUUACGAGGACGGCGAAGUGUUCGAGCCCCGAAAGUCGUGUUCGUCUAUGCAAAUGCACAGCGCCAACUCACGGAAACUUAGUUUCGCCGAUAUGGAAAUGAUGCGACGAAGGAGUUCCGUUUUCAUGUCGCAGUACCCCCCGACUCCGAGUCGCUCGGAUGAAGAACAGCCGAAACGUAGCCGAACAGAUUCCCGGGGCUCUUUCGCCAGUCGACUUCGGAUUAAAUCAGCUCGACAGGCCUCGAUAUCAUCGAACGGACGUGUCAAUCGCUCGCGAGCGAUGAGCUUCAGCGACGCCGAGAUGGCGCGGCGGAAGAACACAGUUUUCAUAUUCGAUCUCGCCGUUCAGGAACACCAAGAAGAAACCGACAAAACGAACCCGGACAGCCUCACUGAGCGGUUUUAACAGAGAGCGAGGAUCCGCGAGUCCCGCUCCAGGUUUCCCUCUCGGAGAUGAAAUAAAGAACUCGCCGAAUCGAGAUACAUA